AUCGAAUUAUAAGUCGCAAGAAGCACAUUAAGUUGUACAAGCUGAUUAAGUCGAUCAUUGUCUAAGAAAAUCAGUUUUAAUAAAAAUGAAACUUUUGUGUUUUUUACUAACAUUUGUACUUGUAAGUGCUUUGGCAGAUGAAGAAGCGGAAUGUAAGAAGCAAAUUUUACUUGCAAAUGCAGCCUUUAAGCGUGCUUAUCAUUUAUCUAGAGGAGAUGUAUUGGAACGUGUAAUUGAAUCAAUGGUCAAUUUCACUUUACAUAUACGGAAUUCUUUCGCCAAAAUGAAUUUUAAGAUCGCUGUACCGGACAAACUGGAAAUUAUUAAUGAUAUACCAGGCGAUGAAGACCUUUCUCCAAUGAAAAAAUGCAGUUACUACCAGUAUAAUAUACAGCGAGGCAUAAUAGAUACACUAAACGUUGUUAUUACUGGAUCUGAUGAUGUCCAAGUCAUUGCUUAUCCUGAAGCUGAUGAAGGCCAAGAUUUUGGAGAACUAAAUUUGGAAACUCUUGGAAACGAGAGAAGAGAAUAUGUUGCUCAAGCUUUAAGAAGUAUGUUUAGGCGUGAAUUAGGACCCAUGUAUGACAGCUUUAUGUCGGAGCUAGAACUAAAAAUAAGAGAUACAUUAACUGACGAAGUUCAAGAUUUGGGAGGAUUAAAUUUGACAUCCCUCGCAGAAAAAAGAAGAGUUACUGGAACUUCUUUAGAAAAUACAAUCACACGUGUAUUAGGAAAGGUUAUUCCUGAUGUUGCUGAAGUCCAAUAUGAAUCUUAUAACUUUUCCAAAGACUGUGUACCUUUAUUUCGGAUGUGUCGAUUGAUGGCGUUAUACAUAAGUACACAAUAUCCAACAUCAUACAUAAGAAAGCUUCAGACUAACUCUAAGAAUAACUCUUGUACCUUAUGGGAUGGAAGAAAAGAGAAAAUAUUUAGAAAAAUUAAUGGCAUAUGGGAGCACAUGGCAUAGAUAAUACAGUACAACUACUCGAGGAGCAAGUAGAGAAGCAAUCAAUGGGAUAAGACUUCUACAUAAUUUAAUAUCAUAGUUAUUAGAUUGUAAUAAUAUUUUUCGUAUUGCAAUAAUAGCUCAAUUAAUUUAAUAUAUUUCACAAUAAACACUUUUCGGGAUUAAAAUCA